AUGAAGCGCUUUGGCAAAGGACUACCCUUGCCGUCAUCAACCACCCGCAUCCUCCCCUCUUUACAACUAUACGCGACCGAGGCGCAGCCUGUUGACACGCUUUUCUCUCCCCAACAGCUCGCGCGAGGCAAGGAUGCCAGUAAAUCCUCCAAGAAGAAUAAGGACUCCAAGGAUGGCACGUCGUCCCCUUCGUCUCGAGACUCCUCCAACCAGUCUCCUGUCCUCACGCCCACGUCCUCCUCCACCACCCUCAACGAUAUUCGCAAUAAACCCUUACCACCCAACAGCACCGGCCAUGGUGACCACGGAGCUGCAAAUCAACCAUCAACUUCGGCCCAGCAAGGUAACGGUCCCGAUCGAUUCGGCCCAAUGGGUGGUGCCUCAAGUCCAAACGGCGGCAGCGCCAAUGCCAGAUUACCCCCCACUGUUGUGAUCAGCCCGACACCAGGACAUAUCCCUCCCCCGGGAGCCGCUGAAACCAUGCCUCAUGACCUGGCACCUCCCAAAGCCGGCCAGAAGUCACUCAUGAUUCAUCGAGGCAUUGAUAACCGCGACGCCAUUCCCGAAGGUUUGCGAACCCCGAAACGACAGCACUCAUCCCGGUUCGACAUUUCCGCUCACCGAGAACUGGAAAAACUGCCCGGUUUCCACGAAGUUCCCCCAAAUAGAAGGCAGGAACUGUUCAUGCAAAAGAUUGAUCAAUGCAAUGUCAUCUUCGACUUUAACGACGCCAGUGGAGACAUGAAGGCCAAGGAAAUCAAGCGACUCGCUUUGCAUGAGCUACUCGACUAUGUUGCCAACAACAGGCAAGUCAUCACGGAACCCAUGUAUCCGAGAGUUGUCGAUAUGUUUGCCAAAAACCUGUUCCGACCCAUCCCCCCUCCAAUGAACCCCCAAGGCGAAGCAUUCGACCCAGAGGAAGACGAGCCUGUCCUAGAGGUGGCCUGGCCACAUAUUCAGGUAGUCUAUGAAUUCUUCCUUCGAUUUAUUGAAAGCCAAGACUUCAACACCAACAUUGCCAAAGCGUAUAUUGACCACAGCUUUGUUCUGCAACUUCUCGACCUGUUUGACUCGGAAGACCCUCGAGAGCGAGAUUUCUUGAAGACCACCUUGCACCGUAUCUAUGGCAAGUUCCUCAACCUUCGAUCAUUUAUCCGCCGAUCCAUCAACAAUGUCUUCUUCCAAUUUACCUACGAGACCGAACGAUUCAACGGAAUUGCUGAGCUGCUUGAGAUUUUGGGAUCCAUCAUCAAUGGUUUCGCCCUGCCAUUGAAGGAAGAACACAAGAUCUUCCUGACACGAGUGUUGCUGCCUCUGCACAAGCCUAAGAGCUUGAGCAUGUAUCACCCCCAACUGGCCUAUUGCAUUGUGCAGUUUUUAGAAAAGGAUGCCUCCCUUACCGAGGAUGUUGUUCUUGGCCUGCUUCGAUACUGGCCUAAAGUCAACAGCACGAAAGAAGUCAUGUUUUUGAACGAAGUCGAAGACAUUUUUGAAGUCAUGGACCCUGCCGAAUUCGCCAAGGUCCAGGAGCCUCUAUUCCACCAGCUUGCCAAGUCUGUGGCUAGCCCUCACUUCCAGGUCGCAGAGCGUGCUCUUUACUUUUGGAAUAAUGAAUAUUUCUGCAAUCUCGUCAGUGAUAAUGUGGAAAUUAUUCUCCCCAUCAUGUUUGCACCACUCUACGAGAAUUCUAAGGGACACUGGAACAGGACAAUCCACGGCAUGGUCUACAAUGCUAUGAAGCUGUUUAUGGAAAUCAAUCCUCAACUGUUUGAUGACUGCUCUCAUGAUUAUACGGAACAACAAAAUACUGCAGCAGAGCGAGAGGCACUCCGAGAACGCAAAUGGGCUGCCUUGGCUGAAAAAGCCGACCAGCGACGAGCCUCAGGCGGCGUUGCCGAUGCUCCCCCGCGACAACAAGUUGGCGGAGUAUUGCCACGGGUGGAUGAAGUCGACCCAGUUACCGAGGACAAUCAGAAGAGGUUGGAUUCUCUUAAGUUACAGGAUGCUUCUGGAAGACGACCUGGCGGUCACGAGCGACAGAACUCGCAAAGUUCGGCACGAAGCAGAUGA